AUGACGAAAGGUGCUUGGUGGCGCAAUGACGAGGAUCUGCUCUUGGUCCAAGCCUAUCUUCUCGUCAACAAGAAUGAAAAAGUUGGCAUCAACCAAGAUUACAAACCGUUUUGGCAACGCGUUCUUAAAGAGUUUGAAAAAGGCGGCAAUGACAAGAACCGCACCCCCGAAGGUCGUUGGGAAAUCAUCAGCGCGCAAAUCGCGAGAUAUGCAGCGGCCGUGGCCUUUAUCGAGAGGGCCAUCAAAAAGAACAGCGCAUCAUCGAAAAGUACAACAGCAAAGCUGAAGCACGCGACAAGGACAACGAGGUCACCGUGGAUGGCGAGAAGGAUGUGCAACAAGAAAGCCAAGGCUUUGAAGAGACGACACGCCGAAGAUGACGAUCUCGAGAGCCUGGCUGGUGAACAGUUGAAGCUCGCCUGUCUAGAGGUCGUCGAGGAAGAAAAGAGAAGGAGACUUUUGGAAGAAAUGCUGGAGGAGGCGCAAAAGGCGAAUGAAGAGGCGCGACUGGUAAGAGAAGAAGCCAUCAUGAGCAAGGAUUUGGACUCUCUUAGUCCUGCUCAAAAUGGUACUACGAGAAGAAGCAAUAGGAGAUCGUUGAUCGAAUGA